AUGGCAAAUUCCCUUCUUUUAAUUUUACAACUUUUAUGUAUUUUCUCAAGAACUGCCACUGCCCACAUACCAAAAUUUCCUGCUAUUUUUGCCUUUGGAGAUUCAUUGCUAGAUUCAGGCAAUAACAACUUUAUUCUAACUCUAUUUCAAGCCAACCACCCACCCUAUGGACAAUCUUUUCCUAAUCAAGUCCCAACUGGAAGAUUUUCCAAUGGAAAACUCAUUUCAGAUUUCUUAGCUUUUUCUCUAGGAAUCAAGGACACUAUUCCUCCUUUUCUUGAUCCCAAUUUACCAGUCGGUGAGCUCAAAACAGGUGUCAGUUUUGCUUCUGCAGGUGCAGGUUUUGAUGAUUUGACAAACGUUAAAACUCAGGGAAUUCCAAUUUUCACACAAGUGGAGAACUUAAAGAAAUAUAUUGAAAUUCUAAAAGGGGUUGUAGGAGAAAAAGAGGCUUUGGACAUAAUUAAGGAUGCUUUAGUUAUAAUUAUGGCAGGAAGUAAUGACAUUGCUUUAAGUUUGAAUAAUGGAUUUCUAAGAAGUCUUGAACUUGGUCUAAGUGGCUAUCAUGAUUUCUUGCAUCAAAGGCUUGAAGAAAUUAUCAAGGAUAUUUGGAAGUAGGGAGAGGAUGUUGUGGGACUGGGCUAUAUGAAGUUGGAUGGCUAUGUAAUCAUCUAACUCCAAUAUGCUCAAAUGCAAGUCAGUUCUUAUAUUUUGAUGCUAUUCAUCCAACCGAGUUGGCCUACCGCUCCAUCUCUGACUAUUUCAUGACCACUGCCCUUCCUCGAUUUUUAUAAUAAAACUAGUAGUCGUAUCCGCGCGUUGCGCGGUCAGUAUUACAAAAAUAUUAAUUAAAUUAAAUUAUGAUCGGGCUUGUUUGA